AUGUCCAGGGUGGUGCGGACCCUCAGUCGCUGCCCCGGAGCCCACAAGCACAGGGCCGUCACAGAGCGCGAGGCUCGACUGCGCAGCCAAGCCAUUGACGUGUUGCUGGCCCUCGAGCUGCGUGCGGUCAGAUGGCUGGUCAAGAUCCUGCUGCUGGGUGCCGGUGAGAGCGGCAAGUCCACGUUCCUCAGGCAGAUGUGCAUCAUCCACAGCCUGGAGUUCGACCAGAAGGCUCUACUGGACUUCUGCAACACCAUCUUCGACAACAUCCUCAAGUGCUUGAGGGUGCUUGUGGAUGCGUGUGACAAGCUCGGCAUUCCCAGGCAGCACUCUGAGAAUGAAAAGCACGGGAUGUAUCUGAUGGCCUUUGAGAACAAGGCAGGACUGCCUGUGGAGCCUGCCACCUUCCAGCUCUACGUGCCAGCCCUGAGUGCACUCUGGAGGUACUCCGGGAUCAGAGAAGCCUUCAGCCGCAGGGGCGAGUUCCAGUUGGGUGAAUCAGUGAAGUACUUCCUGGAUAACUUAGACUGGAUUGGCCAGCUGAACUACUUCCCCAGUAAUCAAGACAUCCUGCUGACCAGAAAGGCCACCAAGGGAAUCGUGGAACAUGACUUCGUUAUAAAGAAAAUCCCUUUUAAAAUAGUGGAUGUGGGUGGCCAGAGGUCACAACGCCAAAAAUGGUUCCAGUACUUCGAUGGGAUCACAUCGAUCCUGUUCAUGGUGUCAUUGAGUGAGUAUGACCAGGUCCUCAUGGAGGACAGGCGCACCAACCGGCUAGUGGAGUCCAUGAACAUCUUUGAGACCAUUGUCAACAACAAGCUCUUCUUCAAUGUCUCCAUCAUCCUCUUUCUCAACAAGAUGAACCUCCUGGUGGAGAAGGUGAAGUCAGUGAGCAUUAAGAAGCACUUCCCAGAUUUCAAGGGUGACCCACACCAGCUGGAGGACGUCCAGUGCUACCUGGUACAGUGCUUUGAAAGGAAGCAUUGGAACUGCAGCAAGACCCUGUUCCACCACUUCACCACUGCCAUAGACACCGAGAACAUCCGCUUCAUGUUUCAGGCUGUGAAGGACACGAUCCUGCAGGAGAACCUGAAAGAUAUCAUGGCUGCAGUGAGAGACAGCCCCUCUGCCGUCCUCUCGUGGCCUCCAUGGCCCUUGGUCACAUGUCUCUGGUGUGUCGUCGCCUGCAUGGACCUGCAGUGGGCAUCUUGA